UUCGCACCUAGUACCCCCACUCGCGUCCGCGCGUCGGUCGCGCCAUGGCGGCGACCGCGGCGGCGCACGAGCCGCGACACCCACUCGCGCCGGCCGCCGCCCUCGCACCCAACUCCGCCACCGCGUGUUCGACGCCUCGCCGCGGCAAGCCCGGCCCACCCUCCCCUUCCUCCCGCCACGUCUCCUCCCUCACCUCGUGCGCCGCCGCGCGCCGCGUCGCGGGUGCGGGCGCCCCGGCGACGCACCCCGCGGCGGCCGCUGCCGCCACGAUGCGGAUGCGGAGCCUGUCGGUGUCGUUCCAGGGGGAGUCGUUCGUCUACGAGACGCCUCGCGCGGCGCCCCCGCGACGCGCGCCUGCUGCUGGGCCGAGGCCGACGCGCCGGCGGGGAGGCGAGGCCGAGAACGAGCGGCCGCCGCCUUCGCAGCGCGGCGGAUCGGCCGCGAAGGCGAAGGGCGCGGCCGACGCGCUCGCGCGCAGCCUUGACUGCAGCCUCCACCGCAAGGAGUCCAUCCUCGCCGCCGUCCGCCUCCUGCGCAGCUCAAUCUCUCCCGGGAACGCCGCCGACGCGGCCACCGAACACUCCGGCUCGGCGGACACCGAUACCGACCCCACGCUGCCCAGUAUCCCCACGCAGACGAGGUUCUGGCAGGAGACGAACAGCCGUCUGCGGCGGCUCCCGGAGUCCGGCCUGCCGAACCCCAUCUCCAUCUCCCGGAGGCCAUUCUUGGACGGUCCAAUGUCGCCGACGCUUCUCGAGACCUCGCCGUCUCGCCGCGACGGGCAGGACGGGAGGGAGGAGGCACGAGCGCCGGCGAACGCGCCGUCGAUCAUCAGUUUCGCGACGGCGGUGAGGAGGGCCAACAAAGGGGAGGACAAGAUUGAGGAGGCACACAGGCUGCGGCUGCUGGACAACCGUCAUCUGCAGUGGCGCUGCCUUAAUGCUCACGCCGACGCUGCCGCCGUCGCGCAGAGCUGCGCUGCCGAGAAAGCUCUGCAUAGUGCAUGGAAAGAUAUCUCAACCUUACGUGACAAUGUGAGUUUCAAAAAGAGCAAGCUUCAGCUUCAAAAGCAAAAACUCAAACUAUUUACCAUUCUCAAACAACAGAUUGCUUACUUAGAAGAGUGGUCUCAUCGAGAAAACAAUCAUACGAGUUCGAUGUCUGAAGCAAUUAAAGCAUUAGAGGCUAGCACCAUCCGUCUUCCGAUCGUUUGUGGUGCUAAGGCUGAAGCACAAGAUGUCAGGGAAGUUAUCAGCUCUUCUGUGGCCAAAAUGGAUACAAUGGCUUCCUCAAUGUGUUCUUUAUUGUCAAAGGUUGAAGGAAUGAGUUCCAUGGUGUUUGAGCUAGCAAAAGUUGUAUCACAAGAACAGAUGUUGUUGGACCAAUCAAGAGACCUCUUUUCUGCAGUAGCAGUAAUGCACGUUAAACAAUGGAGCCUGCAAGCUUAUAUUCUUCAAAGAAAGCAGAAGCUUUGCCAGGCACAGUUGUAGGUCAGUUUGGUACCAACCUUCAUGGCCACUAACAUCAGCUGGCUUGAAUUGUCCUAACGGGAGAGACUAGGCAAUGAAACCUGUCUAUAGUUGACUUCAUUGAUUGAACAGGAUCAGAAAAAUGUUUGAUCUCACAAGUCACAACUCACAACUCACAGACAGUUUGUUUUUUUGGUUGUGCAUAUAUCAUAGAUGGUUUACCUGAAAUGUGUGCAGAGGAUGUAUAUAGAAAACCCAAUAUUGACGGGUUUUUUUUUGUGCGUGCGUGUGUGUGCAUAUCAUAGAAAGUCUGGCUGAAAUAUUUGCAGAGGAUGGAUACAGAGAAUGCAAUGUUGACCAAAUACAAAUGAUGUAUGUAGAAAUGACAAUCUUUUCAUUGUGUGCUUACUCCACUAUGUAUGCCGGAUGCUUAGUGUCAAAGGAUACCGUGAGUUUUUAUAUUCUAAAA